AUGUAUAGACGCAGAGAUCGAGAUACAAAUGCAAAAUUCUUGCACCCUAAGACCUCAUCAUUAAGUGAAGGUGGCAGGUCUGGGACACGAGACCCUGAGCCAGAGAAGAAGGAGAAAGCAAGAGUGUAUUCCGGGGGAGGUGCUAGACAGCCUCUGCCCUUGUCUCUGGGCACCUUAGCUAAGACUCAGCUACAUGAGCGUAUUCAUACCAAGAAGAGUAACUACAAUAAAUCUUCAGUGUCCUCUCCAAAGCAUGUGGAUGAUUUAGCUACUCUUGAAGUGUUGGAUGAGAAGACAGUGUCGGAGCAGCUUGAGAAUUGCUAUUCCCGUGAUCAGAUCUACAUCUAUGUCGGAGAUAUACUCCUUGCAAUUAACCCAUUUCAAAAUCUGGACCUUUAUUCCACUAAGCAUUCAAAACUCUACAUUGGAGCAAAGCGAACUGCCAACCCUCCCCACAUCUUUGCAGUAGCAGACUUAGGCUAUCAGUCCAUGGUAACAUAUAAUUCAGAUCAGGCAGAUGAACUACAAGAAGCUCUCACCUCCCACUGUGUAGUGACUCGAGGAGAAACAAUUAUUCGUCCUAAUACCAUGGAAAAGGCUAAUGACGUCAGAGAUGCUACUGCAAAGACACUGUAUGGUCGACUCUUCAGCUGGAUCGUCAAUCGUAUUAACAGUUUACUGAAGCAUGAUGCAUCUCAAAGUGGGACAGAUGGUCAACUGAACAUUGGCAUCCUAGACAUCUUUGGCUUUGAAAACUUUCGAAAAAAUUCCUUUGAGCAGCUAUGCAUUAAUAUUGCAAAUGAACAGAUUCAAUUCUACUUCAAUCAACAUGUGUUUGCAUGGGAACAGAAUGAAUAUCUAAAUGAAGAUGUUGAUGCUAGAAUUAUUGAAUAUGAAGAUAAUCGGCCUCUCUUAGAUAUGUUCCUGCAGAAACCAAUGGGUUUGCUAUCUCUACUUGAUGAAGAAAGUCGAUUCCCUAGGGCCACUGAUCAGACCCUUCUUGAAAAAUUUGAGAAUAACUUGAAAUCAAAGUACUUCUGGAGGGCCAAAAGACUGGAACUCACUUUUGGAAUUCAUCAUUAUGCAGGAAAGAUGGUGGUUGGCCAGCCUCACUUCGUUCGUUGCAUCAAGCCAAAUAAUGAUCGCCAAGCCAGGAAAUUUGAUAAUGAGAAAGUUAUGUUACAGUUGCGCUACACAGGAAUUCUGGAAACAGCAAGGAUUCGGAAACAGGGUUAUUCUCAUCGUAUACUCUUUGCUAACUUUAUAAAGCGGGACUUCAUUGUGGAGAAGGAAUACUCUGAAAAUGUGGUUCCUCCUAAUGAAGCAUUCAAUCAAUCUCCCCAUGAUAAAGGAAGUGUAUCUGUUAUGAGAGCAUCUAGUUUAAAGGCUAAAGAAGAGGCCAUCGAUGGCAUCCAGAAUAACUCCAAAGAAUGUCAAAUAAAUCAUACAUGUGAGAAAGAACCUCAGCAAGAAGGUCUAAUAGAGGACAUUAAGCCAGAAGUAAGCAGCCUGAAACCAAAUGGUCAAAAGGAUCAGGAAGCUGUAACUAAGAUAGAGACAUCUGAUAAAAACAUUGCUGUGAUUCAGAUGAACUCCCAGGGCUACCAUGAAGAAAAGAAGUUUGAGGAGCUAAAAAUGGUAUAUUCAGAAAAGAAAAGUACAUCAGAAAAACCAAACUAUAUGGGACAUCAAUUCCGAAAUUGUGACCCCCACCAGGGUUCGUUUAAAAAACCAUUGGAACUUAGUCUCAGUUUAAGGUAUCCAUGUGAGGACAGUAAAAGGAAAGAAAGACGAUCAUCUUCCUUUAUCCAGAAUAAUUCAAAGCAUGGCCAGGAGAAAAACCAUUUGAAGCAUGAAGCAAUAAUUCCCAAAGGGAGGAAGACAGAAUUAAAACAAGAGUAUAUGAAAGAGAAAGAAAAACAGGUUGAGCAGAAGAAGCAAGACUUGGAAGAAGAUAAAGCCGCAGUGUUCAUUCAGAGCAAAUAUCGGGGCUAUAGAAGAAGACAACAGUUAAGGGAUGGAAAGCCCUCUUCUUCUAUUAAAAAACAAGAGUUUGCCUCAGGAAAACCAGACAUAGGAAGGCACACUAACAAUGCAUAUUCCUAUUCAGUAAAAUAUGGAGGAAGUUUUAAUAUCAAGGCAAGAGAUGAGAAGGAUUUAAAAACAAUCUCAGAGAAAGAAGCCUUUGAGUUGGCUGUUUUUUCAAAACAGAUAUCAAAGUUAUCAGAAGACUAUUUCAUUCUGCAGAAAAAACUGAAUGAAAUUAUUUUGUGGCACCAGCUAAAGCCUGUUUACCUAAACAUUCAACCACCAAUCAAGCCAGUUAAUAGACGAUUUCCUUCUCAUCACUGUUUUUCAGGUGUCUCUAAAGAAGAGCCAAAAAUAUUGAGACCUCCAAGACGACCAUCAAAACCCAAAACAUUAAAUAAUCCUGAAGAUUCCACAUAUUAUUAUCUGCUAAAUAAAUCAAUACAAGAAGAAAAACGAAGACCGAGGAAAAACAGUCAGGGAAAAGUACUAGAUUUAGAGGAUUUCUAUUACAAAGGAUUUUCAACUAGUCGCUCCGGCCUCAAAGAACAUAAACCUUACAUGAGAGAGAGAAGACCACGGGCAGAACUCCAGAAUUCAUGUUUUAAGGCUGACGAAAGGUGUUGGCCUAUGGCAAACUCUGUAGAAGAAGGAUCUGGAGAUAACCCUUAUGACUACAGAAAACUGCUUCGGAAAACUUCUCAACGACGGCGACUGGUCCAGCAAUUUUAG